AUGGACUCCGGGGAGGAGCCGUCGCAGAUGCGGAGGGCGCUGGUGGACUCGCUCGCGGGCGCCAUCUCCGGCGGCAUCUCCCGCACCGUCACCUCCCCCCUCGACGUCAUCAAAAUCCGCUUCCAGGUCCUCCCCCCUCCCCCUAGCCUCUCCUCUCCUCCCGUGGUACAUUUUGCGGCCGGGCUGUCGCGGUGCUGCUCGCUGGGGCACCACCCGCUGUUUGUUCGCAAGCUAGGCAUAUCCGUUUUGGAUGUUCAGAGGCUUCUUCAUUAUUCUCUGCAGGUUCAGUUAGAACCCACAACCUCGUGGGGCAUUCUUCGAAGGGAUGUAUAUGGACCUUCCAAAUACACUGGGUUUCUGCAAGCAACCAAAGAUAUUCUCAGAGAGGAAGGUUUACCGGGAUUUUGGAGAGGAAAUGUACCGGCUCUGUUGAUGUAUAUGCCAUAUACAGCUAUACAAUUCACUGUUCUACACAAACUAAAAACAUUUGCUUCUGGUUCAUCUAGAACAGAGGAUCAUUUGCAUCUGAGCCCUUACUUAUCCUAUGUAAGUGGAGCUCUAGCAGGAUGUGCAGCAACUAUAGGGUCAUAUCCAUUUGACCUUCUGAGGACUAUUCUUGCAUCGCAGGGUGAACCAAAGGUUUACCCCAACAUGAGGUCUGCAUUUGUUGAUAUAAUUAAAACUCGUGGUGUUCAAGGGCUUUAUUCUGGUCUAUCUCCAACUCUUGUUGAAAUCAUACCAUAUGCCGGUUUGCAGUUCGGUUCAUACGACACUUUCAAACGUUCGAUGAUGACAUGGAACAGAUAUAAAUAUUCACAUCUUAACUUAGGAAGCGAGGAUGAUUCAGUAUCAAGUUUCCAGCUAUUUCUUUGUGGGUUUGCAGCUGGGACAUUUUCAAAGGCUGCAUGCCACCCACUUGAUGUUGUAAAGAAAAGGUUCCAGAUUGAAGGACUAAAACGCCAUCCAAGGUAUGGAGCUCGAAUUGAGAGCAGCACAUACAAGGGCAUGUACCAUGCCUUAAAGGAGAUUGUCGCAAAGGAGGGAUUUGGAGGCCUUUAUAAGGGCCUUUUCCCCUCUUUGGUGAAAUCGGCCCCUGCUGGUGCUGUGACAUUUGUGGCAUAUGAAUACAUCUCAGACUGGUUAGAGUCGAUACUGAUGUGA